AUCCUCCUCCCAACCCACACGGUCCAGUCCUCCUCCUCGCGUAGACGCGGCGGCCGAGGAACAAGUCCGUCACGCGAACCUUCCAGAACCUCACACGUCACGCAACCUCCUCCUCUUUAUUACGACUACUACCACCCCCUCUCUCCUCUCCGUUCCACCGCCGGAUUCAGAUUCGGAGAGAGCUACUCCUCGUCGUUAGCCAUGGCGUCCAAGCGGAUCCUCAAGGAGCUCAAGGACCUGCAGAAGGAUCCCCCCACCUCCUGCAGCGCCGGCCCUGUGGCAGAAGAUAUGUUCCACUGGCAGGCAACACUGAUGGGUCCAUCAGAUAGCCCUUAUGCUGGAGGCGUGUUUUUGGUUACCAUUCAUUUUCCUCCUGAUUAUCCAUUCAAACCGCCUAAGGUGGCAUUGAAGACAAAGGUGUUCCACCCAAACAUUAAUAGCAACGGAAGCAUAUGCCUUGAUAUCUUGAAGGAGCAGUGGAGUCCUGCAUUGACUAUUUCAAAGGUGCUACUCUCAAUUUGCUCGCUGUUGACGGAUCCAAAUCCUGAUGAUCCAUUGGUUCCAGAGAUUGCUCACAUGUACAAGACUGAUCGGGCCAAGUACGAGUCCACCGCAAGGAGCUGGACCCAGAAAUAUGCUAUGGGCUAGAAUGGUUAACAAUAAGAAAUGUGAGAUAUGCCAUUGUAUUGCCUUGUAUUCUCCUGUAACUCUUUCAACAUUUAAGAAACAGCAAGAAUCAAAUUGAACUCUCGAGUUGUUGUAUGGAAUCCUACUAUAGAUGUUCAGCUAUUGUAAAUUAUGUAGUGGGUGGUUCUAUUGAUUGUUCGAUGAGCACUUGGAAUGGUACUUUUAUGUUCCAGAGUAA